GCCUGUGUCUCAGAGGAGGAAGCAGAGGCCGGACCAGCUGCUCCGGAUCAGUCCGGACUCUCAGCUGGGAGUCCGACCAGCCCCGUCAGGUCCACACUGGAUCCAGCUGUCUCCUCAGACCCGCUCAGGUCCACGAUGAGCGCCUCAUGGAGCGACCGGCUGCAGAACUACGCAGAGCUGCCAGCCAACAUGGACGGAACGGCCAUGAAGAAGUACCGGCGCGAGGCUCACCACAGCUUUCCGAGGGAUCUGGCCCAGAAGCUUCCUGCAGUGAGGGUGUUUGUGAACCGAAGCCUCGCCAUGGAGAAGAUCAAGUGUUUUGGCUUUGAUAUGGAUUAUACUCUUGCGGUGUACAAGUCUCCUGAGUACGAGUCCCUGGGGUUCGACCUGACGGUGGAGCGUCUGGUGUCCAUCGGGUAUCCCCAGGAGCUGCUCAACUUCGUCUACGACCCCUCCUUCCCCACCAGAGGCUUGGUGUUUGACACGAUGCAUGGCAACCUGCUGAAGGUGGACGCCUACGGGAACAUCCUGGUGUGUGUGCACGGAUUCAACUUCCUGAGGGGAUCGGACAUCAGAGAAAUGUACCCCAACAAAUUUAUCCAACGGGGAGACACGGACCGUUUCUACAUCCUCAACACGCUGUUCAACCUGCCUGAAACCUACCUCUUUGCGUGUCUGGUGGAUUUCUUCAGUAACUGCUCCAGAUACUCCAGUUGUGAGAGUGGCUUUAAGGACGGCGACCUGUUCAUGUCCUAUCGGAGCAUGUUUCAAGACGUCAGAGAUGCUGUGGACUGGGUUCAUUUCAAGGGAUCCUUAAAAGAAAAGACUGUUGAAAACCUGGAGAAGUAUGUGGUAAAAGAUCCGAAGCUCCCUCUCCUGCUCAGCCGGAUGAAUGAAGUGGCUAAAGUGUUUCUGGCCACCAACAGUGACUAUAAAUACACAGAGAAAAUAAUGACCUACCUGUUCGACUUCCCUCAUGGUCCAAAGGAGGGAACUCUGCACCAGCCUUGGCAGACAUACUUCGACCUGAUCCUGGUGGACGCCCGAAAGCCGCUGUUCUUUGGAGAGGGGACGGUGCUGCGGCAGGUGGACACGACUACAGGUCGACUGAAGAUCGGUACCUACACUGGACCUCUGCAGCAUGGCAUUGUGUACUCCGGAGGCUCUUCAGACAUGGUGUGUGACCUGCUGGGUGCUAAAGGAAAAGACAUCAUCUACAUUGGAGACCACAUCUUUGGAGACAUUCUCAAGUCCAAGAAACGUCAGGGAUGGAGGACGUUUCUGGUCAUUCCAGAGCUGGCUCAGGAGCUGCAUGUGUGGACCGACAAGAGCUCCAUGUUUGAAGAACUCCAGUCACUGGAUUGUUUCCUUGCUGAGCUUUACAAGCAUCUGGACAGCAGCAGUAAUGAGAGGCCGGACAUCAGCUCUCUGCAGCGACGCAUCAAGAAAGUGACUCAUGACAUGGACAUGUGCUACGGCAUGAUGGGAAGUCUGUUUCGCAGUGGAUCGCGACAGACGCUGUUCGCCUCUCAGGUGAUGCGCUACGCUGACCUGUACGCCGCCUCCUUCAUCAACCUGCUCUACUACCCCUUCAGCUACCUGUUCAGAGCCGCGCAUGUCCUGAUGCCUCACGAAUCGACGGUGGAACACGCACACAUCAGCAUUAUGGACGUGGAGUCACCGCUCGCCACCAGGAACCGCCACGAUGUCGACAUGAAGGACAUGGAGAGCAAACGGCACCAGCUGACCCGCUCUGUCAGCGAGCUGCAGCCCCCACACUUCUUCCCCCAGACCCCCCAGGAGAUCACCCACUGCCACGACGAGGACGACGAGGACGAGGACGAGGAGGCGGGGGGGGAGGGGUAAGAGGGACUAAGAGGAGGAGGAGGGGGACGUGGGAGGAAGAGGAGGAGGUAGCACUGACUGGUAGAGGUUGGGUUCAUGUUGAAGGUCACAAACUGAAGCCUCAUGGUCCUUUGAAGCGUCCAUAUGGGGGUAAAGCAAUGUUUCAGCGUCUGUUUCUACUGUAAGAAUGCUUGUUUUUCAAUAAAGAGCAGCAGCAAUAAAGGAAUUCAAUCAUCCUUCACA